UCAAAUGGCCAGCAGUCAGGAUAUCAACAAUUUGGUUCAUUAAACAACAGUCCAUCUUCACAUGUUCUCAGUGAGCAACAAACUCAUGAAGAUGGGAGCGCAGGACAAGAAGUUGUAACUUCACCACAUCAUAGUGAUCACAUGAGAGACUAUAAUGAUGAAACAACAAGACAACCUGAUGCCUAUACAGGCACAGAAACAGGAUCUCAACAUGGGCAAACCAGCAAUUUUGGAAUCGCAAGAAAUGAAAAUGGUAGAGCACAACAAGGAUACAGAAUUCAAACGUAUGAUGCCACAGUGAAUGACACAAGACACACAGGUGUACCAACACAAACUCAACAUAUUGUUCUUGGUCCACUGAAUGGGCGUGGUGCACAUGUAAUUCAGGAUGUGGAUGAUCAAGACCAAUAUAAUCCUGGAGAUAUCCUACAACCAGGUCAAACCAUACAUGGCACUCCAGAAUAUACUAUACCCAAGGGAUAUCGAGGAAGAAUAACAUCUGUUGCAAGUCCUCAGAAGACAGCUGCUCAGGGAGGUCAGUCACAAACUGUUAUUGUAACACCUGGGGUAGGGAAUGUAACCCACACAAACCCUUCAGCAGAAAGCUAUCAGCCAUCAGUUAUGAGUAUCCCAAUAGGUCAGCAGUCUGUAGAACGAAGUUAUGAUCAAAGCAGUCAAUCAGGGCAUGCUGGUACAGAGAACACACAGUUAAGAAAUGGUGGACAACAAUCAUUUUCUGUAAGAAGAAAUGGAGGAUACAGCCACAGGAAUGGCAGAACUUCAAGAAAUGGAAACCAUAUUAGGAAUGGCCACUCCCUGAAUUCUUACAACCAACCCACACCCGACAGUUUUGUCACAGUUACCAAGAGUGUGACAGGACAACUUGACAAUGGGAAGUCAAGCAGCAGUACAGGGAAAUUCACACACACCUAUUACACCAAGUCCUCAACAUGUGGUUAUUUCACAUUCUCCUGUAACAUUGUUUUUGGUUCAAAUGGUAGAACCAAAAUUUGCAAACCAAAUCCCCCCACCAACCCUGAUGGCACUCCAUGCUGUUGUUAACUAUAUGCAUCUUUAAUAGUAUGCAACUUCAUAUUUAUAUGUAUUUUACACUGCCAAUAAUUAACCCUUACUGAUUGUCUAUUGCAGCAUACAUGCAAUCCAGCUGGCCAUGUGUGCCACUAAAUCAUUAAACCUGGAGUUAGAGUCUGGAUGGCAGCACUAUAGUAUGGGGGUUUAAAUCCCAUAUUCCCAUACAAUAAAUGUUAAUGUUAGACUGUUGAUAUAGCCACAAGUUCAUGUAUACACAACUCACAUUAACAAUACCCACUUACAUCCUAUGCUUUAUCUGAUAAUUUAAUAUGUAUGUUGUAAGAACUUGUAUUAAACUGCAAAUUAUUCAGGUUGUAGGUCUAUGCAAGAGCCAUUUUCCAUAACUAAAACUCACAAAUUCUCAUUUCUCAGUUUAAAACUUCUUACAUUAGGAUCCACUUUCAUUACAGUUAGUAAAAAUACAUGUGGCAUGAAACAAAUAGUAUAAGAUCAUUCAUAACCUCCUGCUGGAAAGUGGCAAAAUAUAUGGAGAAAAUAAGCUACACAAUGAUUUUUUAUGUAUUCAUUUAUACUGCAUUUUUAUAAUGAUAAUAAAGAGUUAAUAAAAAUUCUGAAUGCAACACUCUA